AUGCUGCGCACUCUCACUUCCAUCGCCUCCCUCGUCCUCGUGCACUCGUGCACCCUGUCUCAAAUCCCCUUUCCCCCUCUAAAUUUUGUCACUCAAGGGCUCAAGCGCCUGGGGCGGGGGACGAAGGACGCACGGCAGGGGGGAGCAGGGGGGGUGAAGGAAGGGAAUGAGGGGAAGAAGAGAGGUCGUCCGGGGGGUGCCGGGGACGAGGAGGAUGGCGAGGAGGGGAGGGGGAAAGGGGGGAGAUAG